ACAGAAAGCACCGUCCAUGUGCAACGAAUAAUUGCUUGUGCUUCGAGAAAGGGAAAAUGAAAAAGCAAGAUUGAAAGAGCAGGCAAAACAAAACAGAAAACGGCAGAGCACGUCACUCACAACGACAUAAAAAGGCCAAGAAAAAAUUGAGGUUGCUUAACUCAACUUUCUCUCUCAAGAAACAAGUGAAAUGCUCCAAUCCAACCUUAUUUACAUCAAAAAAAAGAAAAAGAAACCGCUUCUCCUUAAUCCCUCCCACUUGUUCUGUUUCAGAAUUAGAAAACUAAAGAACAAGAAGAGAACAACGGAAACUAAACGUAGUACACAUCACUAACUCUAACAAGAAGGAAGGAAGGAAGGCAGAAUCAGAAAGCCCUAAUCGAUUUUCGGUUAUUAUGGAGAGAUGAAAAUGAAAAGGCGUGGGAUCAGCGCGGAAAGGAUAAUCGUAUUCGUAGAUGCUUCUCUCGGGAGGAGUGUCCGAUCUCAAAUGGAUCCUCCAAUUCGUAUUCUACGCGUUCGUCUUGGCGAUUGGACUGCACGCGCUUCUCAAGAACACCGCCUCCAAGUACUUCGACCUUGACGCCACUUUCCACGCUCACGCUAUUCCUGGCCUUCUCAUGGACCAUUCUCUCUGCGCCGUUUGUCGCAACCCCGCCAACAAGAAGUGUUCGCGAUGCAAAUCCGUUCGAUACUGUUCACAAGCAUGCCAGCAGAUGCACUGGAAAUCCGAGCAUAAGGUGAGAUGCAAGGAGUUUCAGGGCAGCAGCACCAGUGUGAUGAUGAAUUUGGCUCAAACUGAAGUCACUAAUCGAGUUUUCAAGGCUUCUUCUGCUGUUGUGAAUAGGAGUACAUGUACUUCUUCAAUUGCCCUCAUUCCUGAAUGCGGUCGUGGAACAUCCAGGACUAUCAAGCAGCCUAAAAGUGUUCUCUUUCCUUAUGACGAAUUUGUCAAAUUGUUUAACUGGGACAAACCAGGAUUUCCUCCUUGUGGACUCUUAAAUUGUGGAAACAGCUGCUUUGCGAAUGUGGUUCUCCAAUGUCUCUCAUUCACAAGGCCACUUAUUGCCUUUCUAUUGGAGAAGGGUCACCACAGAGAAUGCUGCCAUAAUGAUUGGUGCUUUCUGUGCGAAUUUGAAACCCAUGUUGAAAAAGUAAGGCUAAGUUCUCAGGCGUUUUCUCCGAUGAAUAUUCUCUCUCGUUUGCCCAAUAUCAGUGGCACACUGGGUUAUGGAAGACAAGAGGAUGCUCAUGAGUUCAUGAGGUUUUCCAUUGAUGCUAUGCAAUCUGUUUGCCUUGAUGAAUUUGGUGGAGAAAAAGUUGUCCCCCCUAGGAAUCAGGAAACAACCCUUAUCCAACACAUUUUUGGUGGCCACCUUCAAUCUGAGGUGAUUUGCACCGAAUGUGAGAAGAAUUCAAAUCAAUAUGAAAAUAUGAUGGACUUGACUGUUGAAAUUCAUGGAGAUGCUGCUUCCUUGGAGGAAUGUCUAGACCAAUUUACUGCCAAGGAGUGGCUUCAUGGGGAUAAUAUGUAUAAAUGUGAUGGGUGCAAGGGUUAUGUCAAGGCAUGGAAACGUCUCACAGUGAAACAAGCUCCAAAUAUUCUCACAAUUGCCUUGAAAAGAUUUCAGAGUGGGAGGUUUGGAAAGCUUAACAAGAGAGUAACUUUCCCUGAGACUUUAGAUCUUAGUCCUUACAUGAGUGAAGUUGGAGAUGGAUCUGAUAUUUAUAAGCUAUAUGCUGUCGUAGUACAUAUUGAUAUGCUGAAUGCUUCAUUUUUUGGUCAUUACAUCUGCUACAUCAAAGAUUUCUGUGGAAACUGGUAUAGAAUUGAUGAUUGGAAGGUCUCGAGUGUGGAAUUAGAAGAGGUUCUUUCUCAGGGUGCAUACAUGCUGUUGUAUAGCAGGGUUAAUGCUCGACCAUCAGGACUUCAAAGUAUUGAAUCGUCAGAGACAGCAGAAGUUCAAACAAUCAAAUCGGAGGUGCCUCCUGGCCCGACUGAACAAGCUGAAUGCCUCUCAGAUAUGAAAACUGAGACUUACAGUGGAGGAUGCGAGGCUUUUCCAUUUGACAGUAGUCUAGAGUUGAAGGUUUCUUGCUGUGAAAAUGUGUCUUUGACCGAAAUGAACUCUGAAGUUAAAAGAGAGCAGUUCAAGGAUGUGGACAUUAUUGAUGUUGCUAAUGAGUCUUUCUGUAAUGGUGUUGAAUCAUCUUAUAUGCAUGAUUCUGAAGCUGUCAAAGAUUCGGGGGAUAUAGAUUCCAACGGAUCAAAGACAUGCUCUUCUUCUUUAGAAGAGAUUUCAGUCUGCAUGGAAGAGCAAGAUGAUAGUGAUAUGGCUAAGUCAAGCCCUUCUUCAUGUUUGCCUGAUGGCUUUUCUAGUGUUGAUAAGGAUUCUUCUGUUUCAGUGGAUUAUCGAAACACAAGGAAAGAUUCAGAUUCAGACCAUAAAGAUGUGGUUAAAUGCAAGGUAACUUCAAAUGGCUUUGCAAAUUAUAGCAAUGGAUAUGCCAGUGCAAAUAAAUAUGAUGAUGUCCCAGUGGAAGAUGGUGAUGGUUGUUUUUCCACUGAAACACCCUCAGCUAAAAUGCAUCAAUUGAAGGAGAGAUUGGCUUCUGAAAAUGCUGAAGUUGACAAAGGAAAUGGAGUUAAGAGAGUAGAAAUAUCAGGGAAUAAGUUAAUAAUUUAGGUGCAGCUGUUUUUGUCAUUUGUUCAUAUCAAUUUGAUUAUCCCAUCAUCGAGAAGAAAGUGGUGAGGUGGGAGAUUUUUGUCUGGGGUUUCAUUAUUUGCUGGAAUCUUGGAUCUUAUUGUAUCAUUUUUACGUGGAUUAUCUCAUUUUAUCAUUGAGAAUAUAACUCCUUACUCUUGAUUUCUCUCAAGUCAAGCAAAA